UUGCAGACGGGUCGUAUUGAUAAGGAUCAUCCGUAUGUUGAUGCGCAUCGGGCACCUUGCUUAGAAGUGGUCUGGAAUCCGUUCAAUGAUAACGUUAUUGCAAGUUGUUCUGAGGAUGCUACAGCCAAAGUUUGGUUAAUCCCUCCAAAUGGAUUGAUACGUACCUUAUCAGAGCCAGUUGUUGAGCUGGACGGACAUCAGAAACGCGUUAAUACUCUCGCAUGGCAUCCGACAGCCAAUAACAUCCUAAUUACAGCAGGUGGUGAAAACAAGUUGCUUAUGUGGAAUGUCGGUACUGGCGAGGCAUUGCUGGAGAUUUCUGGUCAUCCAGAUCAAAUUUGGUCAAUUUCGUUCAAUUAUGACGGAAGUCGUUUCGUGACGACAUGUAAAGACAAACGUCUUCGAGUGAUUGAUUCGCACUCGGGUGAGGUUCUCUUCCAAGGUCAAGGUCACGAAGGUGUUAAACCACAACGUGCCAUAUUCCUUCAGGAUGGACGUAUCUUCACAACUGGCUUCACGAAACGUUCGGAACGUCUUUAUGCGCUACGUUACCAGGUAGCAACUUAA